AUGAAACGGAAACAGCGUGAAAAUUUUGGUUUUAAUCGCAAUCAUGGUAAUAGUAACAAUCAUAAAUCAUUUAUUCGUCGACGUUAUCAGCAAAAUUUUUGCGCUCGAAAUGCAGCAUUAGCAGGUGAAAUAUCAGAUGUGGAAGAUGAUGAAAAGAAAGAGACCCCUCCGAAUAUCAUAUUCAACAAAUUAUCAAAUGAUAAUGCUAUGUUACGUACGAGUGCAUCAUUGGCUAAAGAAACAAUAUCAUUAGUUAAAAAACAAUUAAAAAGUGGCAAGCAAUUAGAAACACGAAUUGUUCGCUAUCCAAAUGGAAAACCAUUAGCACUUAAUGUCAUUCAUAAA